CCUCCUGGCACCCAUAAUGCUGAGGCCAGAAGAUUGUGAAUGUGGAGAGAAACCUCAAACCUAACUACUGGGUGAGGGCCUGAGAGUGAGUAUGCUGUGUUACAAACGUACAUGCCAGAUGUGGCGUGUUUUUUCUUUCCAUUUUUGUAUAUGGCAUGCAUUUCUCUCUGAAAGACAUGCAGUAUCCUGGUUUGGUUUUUUCACCUGUGGAACCUCUUUCUGUGAUGUUUUUUCAAAAGCUUUGCUUUGUGUUGCCUGCAUAGUGGUAUGUUUCUGGCUUAAGCUGUGUCUAUAAAUCUUUUGGGCCUACUCAAAAAAUACUUGGAGUAUUUGCCUUGCACUCCUUGAAGUGCUAUUCAGACUUUCUUCCUGGCAUUACUAAGAGUCUAACUAGAUUCUUGUCUCUUAUUAAAAAUCAGGAGUAAAUGAAGCUAUAGUAAUGGGAUCAGUAAGAUGUGCCAUGCACUGGAUGAGAAGUCAAUAUAUAACGAACUACUAAAACCCUCCUUGUAUAACAUCAGUGUCCUUUUUUCCAGAGCAAUGUAUUCGUGACCCAGUGGGAAGGAAAUGUGUUUUUUUAAGGUAUUCAUCUGUCAUUUCUUCUUCCUUAAACACAUUAGAUGAUCUGCACCUAAUAAUUCACCUGUGUGUGCUGCCCUUCAGCGUGUGAGGCAUAGGUGCUGCAUGCAGCAGGAUCGUGCUCGGGGUCAGGAACAUGAGCUGUGCCUACGAAGUUGGCCACUGGAUGGGGAACUUCACUAAGCAGUCGAAUCAUAGGUUAGCUGCGAAUUAGUUGUCUCUGUUUUUGGUGGAUGGAGAUCUCAUUAGAAAUGCUCCUGUAUGAUGAAACUGCUGAUCAAACAGCUGUUUUUCAUAGGUUUGGGUAAUUGCUAGGAUGUAUGUCCUCAUGCCUUUAACCUGCUUAUGAUAAGUAUGUCAUUCUAAGACUCAGAAAGUUGAGGGAUCUUCUUAAAUAUGAGGGAUUUAAGGGAUUAAAUGAAAAUCAAGUUUCUAGGAUCUUGAUAAGUCUGUCCCUACAGGCAUAAGUCAGAAUAUCUUUCUUAGGGUUUCUUGAUGGUAGACUUCAUUGCUGGUCUAAAAAAAAGAAAUUAUUGAAUUAAACCCGUCCUUCGCAGUCAGGUGGCUUUCUACCAUUGAGAUACUAGUGUUUGCAUGUAUAUAUACACCCAAAAGUUACUUAAGCAACAGACAGCAAUACAAAUUUUCACUAAAAAGUGGAAUGCUCUUAGUUCUCUUCCCUGAAGAAGGGUGGCAAAUUCUGCUUGCUAUGAUCACAAUUAAAGGCUCUAAAUUUUCUGGGGCAGUAGUUCAUCCUUGCUGCUGCGGGCAGCAGUCAUUGUCUGUACAAUAAGCCUAAGGCAAAGUGGGAGUCCUGGAGCUAAAGGCCAACUGCAUGUACAAAACAAUGAAGUGCUUGGGGAUGUGCACUCAUUGUUUUGGAAGAAUCAUAGGCAUUGAUUUGAGCAUUCUGGUCAUUCUUUUUCUUAAAUUCAACACUAGUGUAAUUCUUUGUACAAAUGAUAGAAGCGUUAGAUAAAGCAGCCUAGCCUGUCCAGGAAAGAAUUUUAAACUGUUUUGAACUGAGACUUUUCAAUCUUGAUUCUCUUGAAUAUUCUUUCUAAGUGGUUCUGUUUUGGCUCUUUGCAGAAGUGUUUUAGCCUUGUCCACCUUGAAAUAGCCGCAGAAUUAGAUGCUGCCAUAUUUAACACUGUACAAAAACAACAACAAAGAACUGCAGAAUCAUUGGAGCAGGAGCUAAACAGAUGUGACACCACUUAUUUUGUAUUUUCCACUUAUUUUCUGACAAUGUCACAUGCUCUGAAUCGGUUGGAAUCCUAAACAACUUAAGCGUUCUUUUUAUUCAGGUUAUCAAUAUCUUUUUUUAAACCUAGAAUUAAUAAUGUUCCUCCUUCUGUAACCUGCAUCGAUGUAGAUUUAGUUUUUGUGGUAUCUAAAUUUGUACAGUACUUACUAUCUAUCUAUUCAUCUUCUAGGCCAGAAGUUCUUGUUGACUGAUUGUUAACAUUCAUGUGUUCUAAAGUGCUUUAUUUUUUUUUGUUGGGGGGGACGGGGGAGAGCAGAGCAGAGCAGCACAGGGAAGUGCUUUUAACAAUUGCUUUUAGUUUUUGGAAAUGAGCCAGCUAGGUCUGAGAGCCUGAGUGGGGAGGGGGGAGCACAGAAAUGUAGGUAUUCAGCCCUGCAAAAUUCUCAUAGUUCUCUAAAAAGCAACUGGCAAAGACUUUAAACUAGAUUUGCUCUGCACAGAUUGCCUUGCCUGGAUUCCAGCAUUUCUUGGGAGGCUCUGACCAUAUACUCUUCAGUUAUGCUGGUGUUGUCUGACACUUUUGACCACCAGCUCAGGAGGGCUGAGUCUAAGCUUUUUUUGCUGUAAUUCCUGUGCUCCGUGCUGUAGGGUCACCAGUGAUCCAAGGUAAGGUCUUGCCUAUGGUGCACUACAGUGGAGCUGCAGCCCAGGAGAUAAUCAAGGCCUGUUUGUCUCUUCACCGCUACCCCCAAUCCUACAAUUCCUUCAGUUCUUUGCUCACACUGGCUUUGAAUGGAGCUGAUUCUUUGCUCAGCAGCAGCAAGUAAGCAGCUCGUGACCCCAGCAGAUGUUUCUGCAUUUUAGGCUAAUGAGAAUUUACUGGAUUACUGCAGCCUUCCCUGCCUCAGAGUAAAUACUACUUUGUUGGAGAUCUGGAAACUCAUACUGAAUAUGAUAAACAAACUGGCUGGUCUGUGAUUGCCAGGACAUGAAAAAGAGUUCCACGGCAGCAGAAGAUCUAACAGCUCUGAAAUGCACCACUGAGCCACACCAAUUAAGAGCAUUUCCAGUGAUUGUCAGUCAAGCUUUGUUGUGUGUUUCUUCAGAACUUCGACAGUAUUUCUGUAAGUGAAAUGGUAAACAAGUAUCUAGGAGUGCAGCACUGAUCCCCAGCUAAACCACGACGAAGCUUAUUAGCUCGACUAUAGACGAUGUCAGUACACUUAGGCAACUACAGCGUAUUAUUGACAAGAGAUGCUUGUAUGCCUGGGAGGCAGGAUCAGUCUUGUUUCUACCACUCUGUAUCUGGACUGAUGUAGUUUGUUAAAAGACGUUAACCUCAUGGCUGGGGCUAUUUGAUUGCAGCACCUUCUGUUUUCCGAUCUGGCGUUGAGGAAGCCAUAAGUGUAACCAUCUUUAACUCCAUCAAGGAGACAACAGUCCAGAUUCAGUUAGUAGUCAAAGGAGAAACUGUGUCACGAGGCCAUGGAACAGUUCUGGAUAAAAGAACAAUUAAACUGAAGGUGCCUUCAGGACUUCGUGGACAAGCACAUCUAAAAGUCUGGGGCAACCGGCAUUUAGCAGAGGAAGGCUACAUUUUUCACAACUAUACCACAGUAACCAUUGACAGCAAGGGAUCAUCAGUGUUCAUCCAGACUGAUAAACCUGUCUAUAAGCCCAAGCAGAAGGUGUUGAUAAACCUCUUUAUGGUGACUUCUGACUUGAGACCAGUCAAUGACAGGAUUGAAGCUUAUGUGGUGGAUCCUCGGGGGUCUCGUAUGAUAGAGUGGAGCAAUUUGAAACCAUUUUGUUGUGGUAUUGUAAAUAUGACUUUUCCUUUGUCUGAUCAGCCAGUGUUUGGUGAAUGGCUCAUAUUUGCUGAAAUGCAGGGGCACACAUACAACAAAUCCUUUGAAGUUCAGAAAUACGUAUUACCAAAGUUUGAGUUGCUGAUUGAUCCCCCUCGCUACAUUCGUGACCUUUCACUCUGUGAAAAAGGAACUGUCCAUGCCAGAUAUACAUUUGGAAAACCAGUGACAGGAAAGUUAAUUGUCAAUAUGACUAUAAAUGGUGUAGGGUACUACAGGCAUGAAGUGGGACACCCUGUCCUCAAGACCACCCAGAUUGAUGGCUCUGCUGUUUUCAAUGUGUGUGUGAAAGACAUGAUGCCAGCUGAUGUUCCAGAACAUUUUAGAGGCACAGUCAAUAUCUGGGCCACGGUGAUCAGCUCUGAUGGAAGCAAGCAGGUUACAUUUGAUGACUCAACACCUGUUCAGAAACAGCUGAUUGAUAUCAAGUACUCCAAGGAUACCAGAAAACAUUUCAAACCUGGACUGCCUUACAAAGGAAAGGUAGAAGUCACUUACCCUGAUGGAAGUCCAGCUAACAAAGUCACUAUCCGAAUUAAAGCUGAACUCACACCAAAGGACAACGUUUAUACAAGUGAACUGGUAUCAAGAAAUGGCCUGGUGGAGUUUGAAAUCCCCUCCAUCCCUACAGCUGCCCAAUAUGUCUGGCUGGAGACCAAAGUGACUGCGAUUGAUGGGAAACCAUCUGGGGAUCAGUAUCUGCCAAACUACUUGUCCAUCAGUAGCUGGUACUCGCCCAGCAAGUGUCACAUCCAGCUCCAGGCACCAGAUAAACCUUUCCAGGUAGGAGAGGAGGCAUGGAUUGCAGUGAAGUCCACAUGUCCUUGCAACUUCACUCUACAUUAUGAAGUGGCAUCACGAGGCAACAUUGUCCUUUCAGGACUGCAGCCCAGUAACAUCACCCAGCAGAGGAGCAAAAGAGCCACCUUUCCCUUUGAGAAGAACAUUGAUAUCGCACACUUCCCAGGAACAGCACCUACCAGUACCCCUGCAGCAGAGGUUGAAGUCUGCAUGACAUUCCUCCGUUUCUCAGUAGUUCACAACAUGGCUCCCUUGGGCCGUCUUCUGGUGUAUUAUGUCAGGGAGAAUGGAGAAGGGGUCACAGACAGCCUGCAGUUCACUGUGAAGUCCUCCUUUGAAAAUCAGGUUUCUGUGGCUCUCUCGGCAAAUGAAACAAGACCUGGUGAUGUUGUGAACAUCAAGGUCAGAGCUGCAAAAUCAAGCUGUGUCUGCAUUGCCACUGUGGAUAAGAGUGUCUACCUGCUGAAGACAGGUUUUCAGCUGACAGCCAGUCAGGUGUUUCAGGAGCUUGCAGAGUACGAUGUAUCUGAUGCUUUUGGAGCUCCAAAGGAAGAAGGGCACUUCUGGUGGCCAGGCAUGUCCUCACGUAGACGCCGUAGAUCUUCUGUGUUUCCCUGGCACUGGGACAUCACCAAGGAUGCUCGCUUCGCGUUUACAGAAACCGGCUUGGUUGUAAUGACUGAUAUAGUGAGCUUAAACCACAGACAGAAUGGAGGCAUGUACACAGAUGAGGCUGUUCCAGCUUUUCAGCCACAUACUGGGACGUUGGUGGCUACAAUGCAUUCUAAAAUAACACCAAGCAGAGCAGAGAAGAGAAAAAGAACCUUCUUUCCUGAAACGUGGAUUUGGCGCUGCUUCAAUGUCAGCAACAUAUCAGGAGAAGCGGAGCUGCAUGUGGAAGUGCCAGACUCCAUCACUACCUGGAUAACUGAAGCUGUGGGUCUGUCUGAAGAGAAGGGGUUGGGCAUUGCCAGUCAAACAGAACUAAAGACAUUUAAACCUUUCUUCAUUGAUUUCACUUUGCCAUACCAUGUCAUCCGGGGAGAACAGACCAAAAUCCCAUUGACUGUCUACAAUUACUUAGCUGUCUGCGUAGAGGUCCAUGUGAAGAUUUCUGUUCCAAAAGGUAUAAAGUUUGUUGGACAUCCUGGGAAACACCAUCUGACAAGAAAGAAGUGCGUUGCCCCUGGGGAAGCUAAACCCACCUCUAUCGUUUUGUCCUUCAAUGAGCUUGGACUGAGCAACAUCACUGCAAAAGCUUUUGCUUAUGGUGGAACUAAUUGCUGUCAGGAUGGGAUGCAGACCUUAAAGAAUGGCAAGCACUCAGAGGACAAUUAUGUGGACAAAAGGACUCCACUGGGAGUGGAUUAUGUUCGCAGUAGUGUUGUUAUUGAGCCAGAGGGACUGUCCAGAGAAUAUACCUAUAGUGUGUUCUUCUGUCCAAAUGAGAAAAUACACAUUUCUACACCUAACAAAUAUGAAUACCAAUACAUGCAGAAACCUGCCCAGAUGACACACUUUGACAUUGCUGUGAAAGCACACAAUGAUGCUCACCUGGCCUUGUCCUCUGGUCCACAUGACAUGGCAGAGAUGACAGAGAUUGUUAUUGGUGGACAUCAAAAUACGAAAACAUGGAUUUCUGUAAGCAAAAUGGGUGAUCCGGUGGCCAGCAGGGACACAGCUGGUAUCCUCUCCUGGGAUGAAUUCCGCAGCUUCUGGAUCAGCUGGAAAAAUGGAAUUAUCCAGGUUGGCCAUGGUACUCGGGUGCUAAAUGAGUCUAUUAUUGUGGAGUGGACAGUCCCCAAACAGCUUGAGGUGAAGUACAUUGGCUUUUCCACAGGCUGGGGGUCAAUGGGAGAGUUUAAAAUUUGGAGAAAAGAAGAGACUGAUGAAAAUCACAAUGAAGCAUUUACACUUGGAGUUCCCCACAACAUAAUUCCAGGAUCAGAAAGAGCUACGGCUUCAAUAAUAGGAGAUGUGAUGGGUCCUACAUUGAACAACUUGGACAAUCUUUUGCGAUUACCAUUUGGAUGUGGGGAGCAGAACAUGAUACAUUUUGCUCCUAAUGUUUUUGUCCUAAAAUAUCUGCAGAAGACCAAACAGCUCAGUCAUGAGGUGGAGAGUGAAGCCACUGAUUACCUUGUCCAAGGCUACCAGCGCCAGCUGACCUACAAGAGACAAGAUGGUUCAUACAGUGCUUUUGGCGAGAGGGAUUCCUCGGGGAGUAUGUGGCUAACAGCUUUUGUCCUCAAGUCCUUUGCACAGUCUCGUGGGUUUAUUUUCAUUGACCCGAAAGAACUAACAGCUGCCAAAGACUGGAUCAUCCAGCAUCAGAAAGAUGAUGGUUCUUUUCCUGCUAUGGGCAGGAUACUAAAUAAGGACAUUCAGGGUGGAAUCCAUGGUAAAAUCUCCCUGACAGCUUAUGUGGUUGCAUCUCUACUGGAAACAGGUGUAACUUCUGAGGAAGAAAGAACAGCUGUUGACAAAGCAAAACACUUCCUAGAGUCCAACUUGUAUUCAGCAGAAGACCCCUACACUACUGCCUUGACUGCAUAUGCCCUGACGCUGCUACACAGUCCCUCUGCUGCUGUGAUGCUGCGGAAAAUGAACAGCAUGGCUAUUACGCAAGACGGCUUUACGCACUGGAGCUUGACGGGAACUCUUGUUACUGAUGAAGAUACCUUCAUGGGAUUUAAUGAUGGUCUCUCUCAAUCAGUUGUUUCUGCAGAAGUGGAAAUGACAUCUUAUGCCCUUUUGACAUACACACUCCUAGGAGAUGUGGCCUCUGCUCUCCCAGUAGUAAAAUGGCUUUCACAGCAAAGGAAUGCACUUGGAGGAUUCUCCUCUACUCAGGACACAUGUGUAGCCCUGCAGGCUCUGGCUGAAUAUGCUAUCCUUUCUUACGUUGGAGGAGUCAACCUUACCAUUUCCUUGGCGUCUACUAAUCUAGACUAUCAGGAGACAUUUGAGCUUAACAAGAUGAAUAAAAAAGUCCUCCAGACUGCAGUGAUCCCCAGUAUUCCGACGGGGCUGUUUGUGAGUGCCAAAGGUGAAGGCUGCUGUCUGAUGCAGAUUGAUGUCACUUACAAUGUACCUGAUCCUAUUGCCAAACCAGCUUUCCAGCUCCUGGUUAAUCUGAAGGAGCCAAAGUCAGAGCAGCAUUUUCAAGCUCCAAAUCUCCUGCGGUCUGUCUCUCCAGAUGAGAAUCGCUCUGAAGCCUUGCACAGAGAGAGGGCACUGGUGGAUGAUGAUGACCCAGCUUCAGAUCAGGACCAUCGGGAAUACAAAGUGAUUCUGGAGACCUGCACUAGAUGGCUGCACUCUGGAUCUUCAAACAUGGCUGUCUUGGAAGUGCCGUUGUUCUCAGGGUUUCGUGCAGAUAUUGAGAGCCUAGAGCAGUUAUUGAUGAACAAGCAAAUUGGAUUAAAAAGAUAUGAAGUGGAUGGAAGAAAAGUCCUUUUUUAUUUUGACGAGAUUCCCAGCCAGUGCGUGACCUGUGUAAAGUUUCAAGCUUUCAGAGAGCAUAUAGUUGGGAAAACAGCUCCUGUUCCUAUCAAAGUGUAUGAUUACUAUGAGCCAGCUUUCGAAGCAACUCGUUUCUACAACGUGAGUGAAAACAGUCCCUUGGCUCGGGAGCUCUGUGAUGGGCCAACAUGCAAUGAGGUGGAAAGCUCAGCUAGCCAAUGGGUUGGCUUUGUUCACUCUGGACCAUGCAAUAACAUUUUUGGCUGCUUGGAGGAUGAGUAUUUUGAACAGUGCAUGUGUUCGCGAGACUGUGGCUAUGAUGGGGAGCCUGUAUGUGGAUCAGAUGGACAGAUUUACCCGAACCAUUGCCAGAUGGAAGUAGCAUCGUGCAGGAAUAAUACAAGAAUAGAACAGCUGCCCAUGUCUCAAUGUUCUGCCUCCAAGAAUUUGCCGGAAGAAAGGGAGACACACACCCACACAGCUGAGCAACCCAGUGUUAAACAAAAUCCAGAAGCAGAGGAAGGCCCUCCACUACAGACAGAUCUGUCUUAUUACUCCUAUGAAUAUGACCCAGACCCCUAUGCAUCGGAAGCUGAUGUUUUUGAGAUUGUGGCAGAACUGACAACAGCAAGCACAUUAAAAGAAGUUGACAAGAUUCAGGAAGUAGUGACCACGGUAGAAUGAAAUAUAUAAUUUAAAUAAAGAGAAGAGGCUCAGAAUCAACUCCUGUAUGAGUUUGUUCCUACAGACGACCUGCUGCAGAACAGAAACCGAAUGAUGACUACUUCCUGAUGCACUCAGAACUGUAGGCUUUGCUGCCCCGUGGGGGGGAUCUGGAGCACUAAGGGGGACACUCAGCAUUAUUUUUCUGUCCGUUUUCCUGCCUUUUGUGCAUCCUCUUUGGAGUUCUUCCAAGGAUGGGAGACCAAUAUGCUGUGCCCUCUAGGUGAGGAAAAAUAGGGGCUGGAAUUCAAACCUAUAGACCAUUUCAAAGUGUUUUCUCUACUAUCAGGAUACUGCAAAUGCUAUUUCCUAGCUACAUUUAGAAGCUAAGUCCAGGCCUUGUGCUUAGCUGAACUGCUGUUUGAGAAAAGAUGGCUGAGAAGUUUUCUCUCAAAUUAUUAUAAUAAAAAUCAGUGUGUUUUGCCAAUUAUAACAUAGCAGGAGGCUAAUCAUCUUCCCCAGCCUGUAAGUCUACCGCACCCACAACAACAUCCCACAAGAGAAAAACUUCCCUAGUGGCUCCAUGUUCAGGGAAGUUGCUGGCAGGUACAUUUUACAGGAGAAAACCGAAAUUCCAGUGUCAGGGCUGAAAGGCUUGAUUGUCUACCAUAUGACUGCAGGCUUCGGGUGGGAGUUUGCCAGCCAUAGCAGUGACAAGGAUUAGGUGGGUGUGCCCGCUUUGUGUUGCACCAUGUGCUGGAUCAGGGCUGCUUGCAGCCUUCUCAGCCCUUUUCCUCCUUUGAACCCCAGCAUGAAAAUAAAGCUGACUCUAGGCACCGUCCUUUGAAA